UUGCAUACACAGCCAGCUUUUGAGACACACACCAGGGUUGACACCAUGAACUGGAACAAAGGUGGACCUGGUGGGAAACGGGGUUUUGGUUUUGGGGGCUUUACCCUGGCUAGUGGAAAAAAGGAAGAGCCAAAGCUCUCUCAACCAUCACAUUCAGCUUUUGGAUCUUCCACCGCUCCUGGAGGAUAUGGGAAAACACAGCAGCUUCCUGCGUUCUAUAAAAUUGGGUCAAAAAGAGCCAACUUUGAUGAGGAGAAUGCGUACUUUGAAGAUGACGAGGAAGACUCCAGCAAUGUUGACCUGCCUUACAUCCCUGCAGAGAAUUCUCCAACUCGGCAGCAAUUCCAAUCUAAGCCAGAAGGUUCUGACAGUGAAGAAGACCCUCUUGAUGCUUUUAUGGCAGAAGUAGAGGACCAAGCAGCAAAAGACAUGAGGAAACUUGAAGAAAAGGAUAAAGAAAAGAAAAAUGCCAAGGGUAUUCGUGAUGACAUUGAAGAGGAAGAUGACCAAGAGGCUUACUUUCGUUACAUGGCUGAAAAUCCCACUGCUGGAGUAAUCCAGGAGGAAGAAGAUGAGAACAUCGAUUAUGACAGUGAUGGAAACCCUAUUGUCACUACCAAGAAGGUUAUCUAUCCUCUGCCACCUGUUGACCAUUCAGAGAUUGACUACCCGCCAUUUGAAAAGAACUUCUAUGAGGAACAUGAGGAACUGUCCAGCUUAACACCCAUCCAGGUGGUAGAACUGCGGCAGAAGCUGAACCUGCGGGUGUCUGGCGCUGCCCCACCAAAGCCAUGCACCAGUUUUGCCCACUUUGGGUUUGAUGAGCAGCUGAUGCAUCAGAUACGCAAGUCUGAAUAUACACAGCCCACUCCUAUCCAGUGCCAGGGUGUGCCCAUUGCCCUAAGUGGCAGAGACAUGAUCGGCAUUGCCAAGACUGGUAGUGGUAAAACUGCAGCAUUCAUCUGGCCAAUGCUGGUGCACAUUAUGGACCAGAAGGAGCUCCAGCCAGGAGAUGGUCCUAUUGCAGUUAUUGUUUGUCCGACAAGAGAGCUUUGUCAGCAGAUCCAUGCUGAGUGUAAACGUUUUGGGAAAGCCUACAAUCUGCGCUCUGUGGCCGUUUAUGGAGGAGGAAGCAUGUGGGAACAGGCCAAGGCCUUGCAGGAAGGAGCUGAGAUUGUUGUCUGCACACCGGGUCGCUUGAUUGACCAUGUGAAGAAGAAGGCCACAUCCCUGCUGAGGGUGACCUACUUGGUGUUUGAUGAAGCGGACAGGAUGUUUGACAUGGGCUUUGAAUAUCAGGUCCGCUCGAUUGCAAACAACGUCCGUCCUGACAGACAGACGCUCCUUUUCAGUGCAACAUUCCGCAGGAAGAUUGAGAAACUGGCCAGGGACAUUUUGGUGGAUCCCAUUCGAGUGGUCCAGGGUGACAUUGGAGAGGCAAACGAGGAUGUCACUCAGAUUGUGGAUAUCCUUUCCAGUGGCUUGGAGAAGUGGGGCUGGCUAACACGUCGCCUGGUAAAGUUUACGUCCGCUGGCUCUGUCCUUGUCUUUGUCACCAAAAAAGCCAACUGUGAGGAGCUGGCCAACAACUUGAUUCAGGAGGGGUAUAGCCUAGGCCUCUUGCACGGAGACAUGGAUCAGAGCGAGAGAAACAAGGUGAUUGGAGAAUUCAAGAAGAAUCAACUCCCUGUCCUGGUGGCUACUGACGUGGCAGCACGUGGUUUGGACAUCCCCUCAAUUAAAACGGUGGUGAACUAUGACGUGGCCAGAGACAUUGACACACACACACAUCGAAUUGGACGUACUGGCCGCGCAGGCGAGAAGGGUGUGGCCCACACGCUGCUGACGCACAAGGAUACCUCCUUUGCUGGAGAUCUUGUUCGCAAUUUGGAAGGAGCCAAUCAGAAUGUCCCCAAGGAGUUAAUGGACCUAGCUAUGCAGAACCCAUGGUUUCGGAAGUCGCGCUUCAAAGGCGGAAAAGGAAAGAAGCUGAAUAUUGGCGGGGGUGGACUGGGUUAUCGAGAGAGGCCCGGCUUAGGAGCAGACGUUUCGGAGAAGAGCACCAGUGCAGUGAUGAGCAACUAUGAAGCCUAUAGACCAUCCACAGGAGCAAUGGGGGACAGAAUGUCUGCAAUGAAAGCUGCUUUCCAGGCCCAGUAUAAGAACCAUUUUGUGGCUGCGUCUGGUAUGUCACCUAAGCUGACCAAUACCUCCAACAGCUCAACUGGCUGGACAAGUGCGGGCAGCCUAAACUCUCUACCCUCUGGCAAUCCAAAUGCCUUGCAUAUUCAGGAGAGCUUGCAGUUGGCAGUAACUCCCUCGGUACCCACGCAAGUAUCCAUGGCUUGCUUACCUGAUCGGAGUUCGGCAUACCCACCUAUGUCAGGUUUCAGUUCUGACUUCCCAAGUUCCCCAGCAAACCUGCCCAGUCAGCCCUGGGAGAAUGCCAAAGGUCGCUAUGGAGACAAUAAGGGCCGUCAUGAGGACAGUCACCAUCGGUAUGGUGACAGUGGCCGUCAUGGGGACCGGGAACGAGAUAGAGAACGGGAACGGGACAGAGACCGUGACCGGGAUCGUCAUGGAGACCGGGAUCGUUACAAUGAUAGCCGUCGCUCUGGCCACAGCAGUGGUCGUCAUGGUGAUAAUCGUAACGGUGACAGCAGCAGCCGGAGGGACAGAGACAGCCGCAGUGACCGUGGAGGGGAGAGCAGAAGUGAGAGGAGUAGUGAGCGAUCAGACCGAGGGGAAAGGGGCGGCGAGUAUCGUGGGGAGCGAGGAGGGGGUGACCGCUCUGAAAGGGGAGGGGAAAGGCACAGUGACAAGGGAGGUGACAAAAGUGACGACAGCUUUGCUGUCCCAGAUCCGCCAAAGCGCCGAAAGAGCAGGUGGGACAGCUAGAUGCAGAAGUGCCACUCAUGUUUGUCUGCGUUGUAAGUGUUGCCUGAGUAGGGUGGGUGGGUUUGUCGGGUUUCAGAUGGGACAUUUGGGUUCAUUGCGUUUUCAUAGAGGUGUUUGCUCUGUGUUUUUUUUUUUUUUUUUGUUUUUGUUUUUUUGUUUUUUAAAUGAAGACUUGGAUAGCCGUUCUGGAAGGUGACAGGGCAUCGUACAGGUGUGGGGGGUGGCAGUGUACACACCAGCAACACUCAACACAGGCUGCUCUCUCUUUUCCUCUUCCUGCUUUGUGUCGACUCUACUGUAGUGGGUAGAGCAGCCAUUUGUAAAUGUAAGCCUAUGGCUGAACCAGGCUUGAGCACCACCUGCUGGACAGUCUAGUAACUGCAGGUUUCUGUUGCAGCCUA